CUUCUGAGACUUGUUUGAGAAUAAAACAAACGUAUGAAACUCUUUCAGAUUUGCUUCGCUUAUAUCAAAAAGUUAGAAGAAGAACAAACGAAAGAAACACCGCUUCAAGGGCGAGAGCAAAAUUCGGACGAGAUCAAAUAUUGGUUGAUUUGCCAUUUGAAAAUGAAACAAGACCACAAUU